GAAGCGUAAAAGGAAAGAAAGGGCGAAGAAGUGCCCUUGCAAAGGCCGCUACGGCAGAGCGUAGGUGAGGCAUCAAACAUCUUCAAACGGCGCCAAAUCUCUUUCAGUUUCACAGUGGGUCAGGCUCAGGCUCAGCAAACAAACCCCCGGCUAAGCCUUAACCGGCUAACCCAACCCCCUCGACAUCCGACCUUAAAACGCCCUCUUCCCCCGUCAUUUUUUCUAAACCCCCCUUAUUAUCGCAAUCCCAUCCCAUUCCCCUCUUCCCAUUUCCCCCCUUCUUCUCUGUCCACUCCCUGUCUCUAUCUCUCUGCUUCCUUCACAAUGGGAAGAUUUGGGGCGGUGCCUUUCAUCGCCUUACUUGUUCUCCUCUGCGGAUCUGUUCCGGUGAGAUCUGAUGGAUCCGACCAUCGCUACAAAGAUGGAGAUCCUGUUCCGCUCUAUGCUAACAAAGUUGGCCCAUUUCAUAAUCCCAGUGAAACUUACCGCUACUUCGAUCUCCCAUUCUGCGUACCAGAUGACGUGAAGGAGAAAAAGGAGGCUCUUGGUGAAGUAUUAAAUGGAGAUCGUUUAGUUAGUGCCCCAUACAAACUUGACUUCUUGCAAGAGAAGGAUUCUUCUAGUGUUUGCCAGAAAAAACUUUCAAAGGAAGACGUUGCUAGAUUUCGUGCUGCGGUAGACAAGGACUACUACUUUCAGAUGUAUUAUGAUGAUUUGCCAAUUUGGGGUUUCAUAGGGAAGGUUGACAAGGAAGGGAAAGAUCCUAGUGAUUUCAAAUAUUACCUAUACAAACAUAUCCAUUUUGAUAUAUUUUAUAACAAGGAUCGGGUUAUUGAAAUAAAUGUCAGAACAGACCCCAAUGCCCUUGUUGAUCUCACAGAGGAUAAGGAAGUUGAUGUUGAAUUUUUAUACACUGUAAAAUGGAAGGAGACAACCACCCCAUUUGAGAAUAGGAUGGAUAAGUACUCCCAGUCAUCGUCACUGCCUCAUCAUUUGGAAAUUCAUUGGUUCUCAAUUAUAAACUCAUGUGUAACUGUCCUCCUCCUUACUGGAUUUCUUGCCACCAUUCUUAUGCGAGUACUGAAAAAUGACUUUGUCAAAUAUGCCCACGAUGAAGAAUCGGCUGAGGACCAGGAAGAGACUGGGUGGAAAUACAUACAUGGUGAUGUAUUUAGGUACCCGAAACACAAGUCUCUUUUUGCAGCUUGUCUUGGUUCUGGUACCCAACUGUUCACACUUACAGUGUUCAUUUUCAUACUUGCGCUUGUUGGAGUGUUUUAUCCGUACAACCGAGGGGCUUUAUUUACUGCACUAGUUGUAAUCUACGCCCUUACAUCUGGGAUUGCUGGCUAUGUCGCAACUUCCUUUUACUGCCAGCUCGAGGGAACAAACUGGGUAAGGAAUCUGCUGUUGACUGGAUGCCUCUUCUGCGGGCCUCUUUUUCUGACAUUUUGCUUUCUAAAUACUGUCGCAAUUGCCUAUACAGCAACUGCGGCCCUUCCUUUUGGUACUAUUGUUGUAAUAGUCCUCAUAUGGACUCUUGUAACAUCACCUUUGCUGGUGUUGGGUGGGAUUGCUGGUAAAAACAGCAAGGCUGAAUUUCAAGCUCCAGUUCGAACCACUAAAUAUCCUAGAGAGAUUCCACCUUUGCCUUGGUACCGUGGGACGAUUCCACAGAUGGCAAUGGCAGGGUUUCUGCCUUUCAGUGCCAUAUAUAUUGAGUUAUACUAUAUAUUUGCCAGCGUGUGGGGUCACAGGAUUUACACCAUAUACAGCAUCUUGUUUAUUGUGUUCAUCAUUCUCCUUAUAGUUACGGCAUUCAUUACUGUGGCAUUAACAUACUUUCAACUUGCUGCCGAGGACCAUGAAUGGUGGUGGAGAUCUUUUCUUUGCGGUGGUUCAACUGGCUUAUUUAUCUACGCUUAUUGUUUGUACUACUACUACGCUCGAUCAGAUAUGUCUGGGUUUAUGCAAACAUCAUUUUUCUUCGGCUACAUGGCUUGUGUCUGCUAUGGCUUCUUCCUGAUGCUUGGAGCUAUUGGUUUUCGAGCAGCUUUGCUUUUUGUGCGCCACAUAUAUCGGUCUAUCAAGUGCGAGUAGUCCUGGGUAUUCAUCACUCAAUACUGAGAAGUCGAGUUGUGUUUCUUUUUCAAAUUCAUAGGUUUCUAUGUAGAAAAGUUACCUGCAGCAGUCCUUUAUUUGUUCUUUUUUGGUGAUAUGUCUUAAAAAGGGAACAGCAAUUUCUUUAGAUAUUAUAUGCUCUAAGAGCAGGGCAGCGGUAUGGUGGCAGGAUGGAUGACCGUGCCAGGCACGAACUUGGGGAACGGAGUUUGUACCAUUACAUUAGUUGCAACACUUUUGUUUUAAUCUGAACUUUGUUCAACA